GCAGGCUCAAGAACAGCAGAAGAGCUCUUGAGGAUCGUGAGAUCGCUCGUCGUCUGUCCAGUGGCUGCAAUUGGUCGCAUGUGCACGCACGCUUUUUUCACACUCGAGACUUAAGGAUGAAAUAAGGUGCAGAGCUGAAGGAAUGGACAAAUAACGACGGACACCCACUCGGAGAGCGCUAAGAAAAGACACGAGUGAAGUCUGACUAUCAAGACGCGGGUUUUGGGUCACAUUCAUAUCAAGAGGAUUUUGUGGGAUUUAUUUAAAGCGAAUGCUGUGAAAGGUACAGUGGAGGCAUCACUCGCACAGCUGUAAGGAUGCAGGUGUCCGGAUCGAGGAUUAAGCUGUGGUGUCCGCUUAUCUCUCUGGCACUGAUUCACUGUUUUGCUCCUGUCUCGGCUCAAGUUCCAGCUCCAAGAAGACUUCGAUUUAAAGUUAUCAGCGCUGGAAAACUACUUGUCUCAUGGAAGGAACCAAAAGGACAAUAUGAUGGCUACAAGUUCAUAUAUAAUAGUGAACCAGUGACAGGUGGAGAAACGACCGAGUUGCCAAUUGCAAGAGGAGAGAAUAAAGCAGUAAUAAAGGAUUUUAAUCCCAAGAAGGAGUAUUCAGUCAAAGUUAUAGCUGUGAGUGGAAACCAGCACAGCAGGGCACUUCAGGGAAAAUAUGCUGCAGAAGGGCAGAGCAGUGAUGGAGAGACCACUCAACCUCAAAGACUUAACGAGCACAGUCCUGUGGAAGAGGGCAAUGAGAUCUCGGCAGUGGACCAGUUUGUCUGCACGACCUCCGCCAUUGCAGAUAUUGUAAUCCUAGUCGAUGGCUCUUGGAGUAUUGGAAGAAUCAAUUUCCGCCUGGUUCGCAUGUUUCUGGAAAACCUGGUUAACGCCUUUGAUGUGGGAAUAGACAAAACCCGGAUCGGACUGGCCCAGUACAGCGGAGAUCCACGUAUCGAGUGGCACUUGAAUGGUUUUAGCACAAAAGAUGCAGUGAUAGAUGCUGUCAAAAACCUGCCGUACAAGGGAGGAAACACUCUGACUGGUCUUGCUCUUACCUACAUCCUGGAAAACAGCUUUAAACCCGAGUCUGGAGCUCGUAGCAAUGUUCCCAAAAUAGGAAUUCUGGUAACGGAUGGCAAAUCCCAGGAUGACAUUCUCCCGCCUGCUGAGAGCCUGAGAGAUGCUGGAGUCGAGUUAUUUGCCAUCGGUGUAAAGAACGCCGAUGAAAAUGAAUUAAAUGCCAUCGCCUCUAAACCAGAGGACACACAUGUUUAUAAUGUGGCUGACUUCAGUAUUAUGAGCACGAUAGUGGACGGUCUGACCAAGACGGUGUGUGAAGGAGUGGAGCAACAAGACAAAGAAAUUAAGGGAGAUUCUUUGCCUGAAGAGACAGCGUUACCACCGCAGGACUUGGUUACUUCUGAGGUGACUGCGCACAGUUUCCGUGUGUCCUGGACUCAUGCACCCGCCAGUGUGGAAAAAUACAGAGUGGUUUACCAUCCAACCAGUGCGGACGUGCUGGAAGAGCUUGUGGUGGGCGGCACAGAGAAUUCAGUCGUCCUGCAGAAUUUAAACUCUUUGACUGAGUAUGAGAUUGCCGUGUUCGCUGUAUACCUCAGCUCGGCGAGCGACGCUCUUAGAGGCAACGAGAUCACACUGGCACUACCCACAGUAAGUGAUCUGGAGCUGUACGAUGUGACUGACAACAGCAUGAGAGCCCGCUGGAGGGAUGCGGAAGGGGCUUCUGGGUACAUGAUCCUGUACGCUCCACUGAUCAGUGACACUGUAGAUGAAAGAGAGAUGAGAGUAGAGGAGACAGUGACUGAUGUAGAGCUCAAGGGACUGAUUGCCGACACUGAAUAUUCAGUUACAGUCUAUGCCAUGUACGGAGAGGAGGCAGGUGAUCCGUCUACUGUUCAAGAGACCACCAUAUCUCUGAGACCUCCACGUAACCUGCGGGUCACUGAAGUGGACCACAGCUCCGUGCGACUCAACUGGGAUGCGGUUUCCAGUAAGGUUAAGGGCUACCGUGUCAUGUAUGUCAAGACAGAUGGUGUCCAGACCAAUGAGGUGGUGCUGGGUCCUGUCACCAAUGUGUACCUAAAAGAUCUGUCCCCUUUAACUGAGUACACUGUUGCAGUUUUUGCCCUCUAUGAUUAUGGCCAAUCAGAGGCGCUCAGUGGCGGAUUCACUACAAAACUUGUGCCAGCUCCAUUUGGAAUGAUGACCAAUGAGGUCACCUCGGAGAGUUUCCGGGUAAGCUGGUCACACCCUGCCAGGGAUGUAGUGCUGUAUAGGCUGUCAUGGUCACCCAGCGAAGGAGGAGAUACGAAAGAGGUACUACUGAAUGGAGCUGUGGACUCGUAUGUGAUACACCACCUGUCUCCUUUCACCGAGUAUAAGGUGUCAAUGUCAGCUGUCUAUAAAGAUGAGACAGGAAGCAGCUCAGUGGUUGUGCUGGAGAACACAUUGGGCUGGACCACCGCGAUUCCAACCACUAUUUCCCCCACCACAGAAAUUGUUCGUUUGGGAGUGACUAACCUGCGGGUGGACGACGAGACCCCCUAUAGUCUGCACGUGAGCUGGGAGGUGCUGGAUUCAGACGUGGAGCAGUACAAAGUGACGUACGUCAGUGCGAACCGCGCAGAACAGACGGUUUUAGUUGCGGGAAACAGAAGAAGCGUGAUACUGCAACCUCUCCUCUCGGACACGGACUACAAAAUCACAGUGACCCCUGUGUAUGCCGACGAAGAGUCCGACACGCUUUCCAUGGCCUCAUCCGGCAAAACAUUGCCACUGUCCGGUCCCAGUAACCUGAGGGUCUCUGAUGAAUGGUACAAUCGCUUCCGCAUCACCUGGGAUGCCCCUCAGUUCCCCACUAUGGGCUACAGGGUCAUCUACCAACCCAUCUCUGUGUCAGGUCCAGCUUUGGAGACGUUUGUAGGUGAUGAUGUGAACACCCUGCUGAUCCUCAAUCUGUUGAGUGACACGGAGUACAGAGUUCAGGUCAUCGCCUCCUACACCACAGGCUCCAGUCAACCCCUCACCGGCAAGGGCAAAACACUGUUCCUGGGAGUGAACAAUCUCAACACAUACCAGGUCCGCAGUACUAGCAUGUGUGCCCAAUGGCAACCUCAACGCCAUGCCACCCUCUACAGAGUUACCAUUGAACCAGUCCUCAGUGGUAAAAAACAGGAAGUGAGACUUGGUGGCGGCGCAUCCAGACAUUGCUUCUUCGAUCUUUACCCCAACACCCCGUGCAAAAUCAGCGUAUAUACCCUUUCACAAGACAUGGAGGGGCCUGAAGUCACCACCAUGGCAGUCACUUCUCCAAUACCCACCCAACCACCAACUGACGCACCCACCACAAUCCCUCCUCCCACCAUCCCACAAGCUAAAGAAGUUUGCAAAGCAGCCAGGGCAGACCUGGCUUUUCUUGUCGAUGGUUCCUGGAGUAUCGGAGAUGACAACUUUCAGAAGAUUAUCCGCUUUUUAUACAGCACAACUGGAGCUCUUGACGUGAUUGGUCCCGAGGGAACACAGGUGGCCAUUGCUCAGUUCAGUGAUGAUGCCAGGACUGAAUUCAAGCUGAACUCUCACAGUGACAAGGAGUCUUUGCUGGACGCCGUGCAACGCAUCACUUACAAAGGAGGAAACACCAAGACAGGCCGAGCCAUUAAGCAUGUUAAGGAGGCCAUCUUCAGUGAGGACGCGGGGGUGAGGAGAGGCAUUCCCAAAGUGUUGGUGGUGCUCACGGAUGGACGAUCUCAGGAUGAUGUCAACAAGAUUUCCAAGGAGAUGCAGACGGAAGGCUUCAUCAUCUUUGCCAUUGGCUUCGCUGACGCUGACUACGGGGAGCUGGUGAACAUUGCCAGCAAGCCCAGCGAGAGACAUGUGUUCUUUGUGGAUGAUUUGGAUGCCUUCAAGAAAAUUGAAGAACAGCUCAUAACUUUUGUUUGCGAGGCCGCGACAGCCACUUGCCCCUCUAUGCUAAUGGGCGGGAACACUUUAGCAGGCUUCCAUAUGAUGGAGAUGUUUGGUUUGGUGGAGAAGCACUACAGUAGCGUGCAGGGUGUCUCAAUGGAGCCUGGAACCUUCAACAGCUUCCCCUGCUACAGGUUGCACAAGGACGCCUUCGUCUCCCAGCCAACCAGGUAUCUUCAUCCAGAAGGACUUCCUUCUGACUACACGAUCUCAGUGCUUUUCCGCAUACUGCCUGAAACUCCUCAGGAACCCUUUGCAUUGUGGGAAAUCCUCGACAAAGACAACGAGCCCCUGGUGGGCAUUAUCCUGGACAAUGGAGGGAAAACAUUAACCUUUUUCAACCAUGACUACAAAGGAGAAUUUCAGACGGUGGCUUUCGAAGGACCCGAAAUUAAGAAAAUGUUCUAUGGCAGUUUCCAUAAGCUGCAUGUGGCCAUCAGCAAAACGGCUGCUAAAGUGGUGAUCGACUGCAAAACCGUGGGAGAGAAAACCAUCAAUGCUGCAGGGAACGUCACCAUUGAUGGAGUAGAGGUUCUGGGACGUAUGGUCCGCUCGCAUGGAAGGAAGGACAACUCGGCUCCGUUUCAACUCCAGAUGUUUGACAUAGUCUGCAGUACAUCAUGGGCGGCUCGUGAUAAGUGCUGCGAACUCCCCGGCUUGAGAGUAGAAGAGGAUUGUCCUGCUAUGCCCCAUGCCUGCACCUGCGCUCAGGACAGCAAAGGACCUCCGGGACCUUCUGGACCUCCGGGCGGUCCUGGUAUAAGAGGCUCAAGAGGAGAUCGGGGGGAACCGGGCUUGACGGAGCCUGCUGGGCAUUCUUCACACUUUGUUUCAGCAGCUCGGCUGGUGGGACCUCAAGGGCCACCGGGUGAGAUGGGACCUGCAGGACCACAAGGACCUCCGGGUCCUCAGGGGCCAAAUGGACUGUCCAUUCAGGGGCCACCGGGGGCUCCAGGAGAGAAGGGGGAGAAAGGUGAGACAGGUCUGCCAGGUCCUCAGGGUGUACCAGGUGGAAAUGGAGGGCCUGGAAGAGACGGACCUCCAGGACAGAGAGGUUUAGCGGGUAAAGAUGGACCCCAGGGACGGCAGGGCCCUCCAGGGCCGAUGGGAAGCCCCGGAGCUCCAGGGGCCUCAGGAUCUCCCGGACCACCAGGAUCACUUGGUGAUCAGGGACAGCCUGGGCCUCCCGGCACUAAAGGCGAGCGAGGAGAGCGAGGUGAUAUACAGUCUCAGGCGGCUGUGCGCGCCAUAGCACGACAAGUUUGUGAGCAGCUAAUUCAGAGUCACUUGUCUCGUUACAACUCGAUCCUGAAUCAGAUUCCCAGUCAGUCUGUUUCAGUGCGGACAGUACAGGGUCCUCCAGGUGAGCCUGGUCGACCGGGAUCUCAGGGGCAGCAGGGAGAGCAGGGUCCUACUGGAAGACCAGGUUUUCCUGGAACCAGUGGGCAAAACGGCCGGCCAGGAGAGAGAGGUCUCCCAGGAGACAAGGGAGAGAAAGGCAGCCCGGGGGUGGGGACACAGGGUCCCCGUGGUCCCCCAGGACCUCCAGGGCCUCCAGGAGAAGGUCGGACAGGCAGUCAGGGUUCUCCAGGAAGACCUGGAAUUCAGGGUACCCCGGGACGUCCAGGUACACCCGGUAACCCUGGUCCCGCUGGACCGCCCGGGUACUGCGACCAGAACUCCUGCCUCGGGUACAAUGUUGGAGGUUUAGAGCAGUAUGAGAAUGACUACUGAGAAACAUUCUCUGAGACCCUACUGCUCUUCCUCUCUCAUCUCUCAGUUCUACAUCCCACUCUCCAGCCACGGGCCCAAACCAAAGACUGUAUCUAGGGGAAGAUCUUUUCUACAAACUCCACAACUGUAAAAUCCCUUCUUACCCUCAACCUGGUUCCCAAACCCUCAAAAUAUCACCACCAUUACAAAGCUCAAGCAUUUUAACCCCGCUGAGCAUCAUGCUUUAGUUUGAAUCUGCUUCACUUGACAAACUCCAAGCAAUUUAUUAACAUCUUUCAACCUUUUCUGACAUUACUGUUGUCUUUUGUUUCGUAACUCUUGAUUGCUUUUGUGUAACUGUCUAAAACAGUACAGUUGUGCAGGAAGCGAUCAUUUUCUAAGUCUCAGUGAUCUCAAUGGCAGUUGCUUGACUGGAGCAGGACCACCCCUGAAAUCUAUCAUCACUUUGGGAUAAAGCUGAUUGGGCUAAUUCUUCAUUGGCGAUUCUUUGCUGUUAUGCUCAAGGACAUAGAUAGGAAAGAUAUAAGCCCAUUUUAAUUCACUUCCAUUCAAAUGUAUUUUGCUUUCCUUUAUUUUGCAUUGCUGCACAGCAUCUACAUAGUAAAUACUUACUAAUACUGUAUUUUAUACUCGCAAGCGCCCUUCAGAAAAAUUCAGUCACUAGUAAAACAUUUCUUAAUAUAAUGAAAUAUUAGCUCUUUAUAUUUUGCUGGCUUGAAUUUCAUUCCAUCAGAAUAUGUUGUUACAUUGAAAGUCCUCGGUGUAAAAAAAAAAUGAGACAGAAUGUCUACCAGGAGGGGCUAACCGUCCUGCUAACCAGCCAAACCAUGACCCCUUAACUCUUUCCUCAACAUUGAUUAUAGUUUUCAUCAUUUAUGACACAAUGGUUCCUGCGAUUUUUCUUUUUUUUGUGAUUUUUUCAUAAUUUAUGACAAGGCUUGAGGAGUUUUUCCAGCUUUCCAUAUUUUCGCUGUUAUACAGAAGGGGUGCUGCAAUACAUCUGCAUUAACAGAUCCAAAAAUUGUUUUGAUCAUCAUUCUAAAUCCAAUCUGGAUUUAGCAUUUUUGUUUAGAAUGUACCCACAUUCGGAAAGAAAGAAAGAAAGAAAGUAUAGAGGCACUGUUCUCUGACUUAAUAUAUUGAAUAUUCAUAUAUUCACAGAAGAAAAUAUUUUAGCUACUUUAUUAAAAAUGUUGGUGGGGAAAGAGUUAACUGGUCAUGUAAACUAAGCUAAUCACAGUACCAACUAGGGCUGUUAAACUAUUAAUCGCAACCAGAAUUAACGUUUGUUUACAUAAUAUAUGUGUACUGUGCAUAUUAAUUUUGUAUUUAUAAACACAAAAACAUACACAUGCGUGUAUACAUAUUUAGGAAAUAUUUACAUGUAUUUAUUUAUAUUUACCAAUAAUUAAAAUCAUAUAUAAACAUUAAUUUUUAUAUUUUUCUUAAAUAUACGCAUUUAUGUGCAUGUGUUUAAAAAUACAAAAUUAUUAUGCACAGUACGCAGACAUAUAUGAUGUAAACACAAAUUUUUAUUCUGGAUGCGUUCAAUCGGGAUUCAUUGUUUGACAGCCUUAAUCCCAAUUUACAUUCCCAUGAUUCAGCUGCUCAUUUCCUCCUCUUUCUGUAUUUCUCUCUUCGCUGCUUCCUUGCCUUGCUAACGCCUGCUCUCUUGGUGGUGGUGACCGAAAAGACGACGACCGUGACAACCGAUCUAAUUCCCCCAUGUUCCCAUAGUACAACAGUUACCCUCCAGCCCCUACCAAAACCACGGCCCCGCCAUGAACUACAACGACGACGAGGAGGAUGAGGAGGACCCUUAUGGUGGCUACCCUCGCGGAUACCCUCCUCAGUACUACCAACCCAGCUACCCUGGCCCCGCCCACCCCGUUGACACCGUGGGGAUGAGGUCACCUGGCACACGUCGUUUCUCCCGCAGCACGACCGAAGAGGAGAGCGCAGAUGAGACGGCAGUCCGGGUUAAGGCCGAAUAGCUCCAGCAAACCCAUCCUCCACAUACAAACACUUUUCAUCUAAUUAUCCUGCAGCAUAGGACUGAGGGAACUCCGAAAAGUGCCUGCUAUAUGCAUCCUUAUUAGGCGAGGGGAGACGAUUAGAAAAUGAAACUGUGCCGAAAUUCAUCCAGCGACUUUUCUGUCUUUCAUGAGGUUGCAUGUGGCCAACGUGAUAAGAAGCAAGUACCUGAAGGUUUUUCAGUUAUGUGUAGUCCAUAAAUUUUGUAAAUGGGGAGAGUCUUCUGUACAGUUUGUGUAAUUGUUUUUGUUUUUAAAUGGUCAGUUCACCCGAAAAUAAAAACUAUGGAGAAUAGGGAGAAAUUACAAAAAAAUGUUCAGUAUGACACAUGCAAUAUAUUCAAAGUCUUCUUCAAGCCAUACGACUUCUUAAAAGGAACCGAAAGAAAUGUAAUGUUAUUCACUAAAAGUCUUGACAUUCUAGCUUUCCUCUCCAGCAGUCACAAGAGCUCAUGAAUAAAGUAGGAUAUUUCUCUGCUACAGAAAGAAACUGGUAGGGUUUUAAAAUAAAACAAGGCAGUAAAUGAUGACAUUUGACUUUUUUCAUUUUUGGGUGAACUGUUCCUUCAAGUGCAAAUCAGUGAUCUACAAAACUUUACAAAUGUUUACAGCAUUUUGCAGUUAUCUGGAAGCGGCUGCUUAAGUUAUUUAGUGAAGAAAAUACCUCCGUUGAUGCUUUUGAUGUUCUUGUCACUAGCAACUAUUUAUGAAGCUGAAUUCUUAAUCCCAUUAACCAAAUGUAAUGUCUUCAUUUUUCACUGGUACUUUAAGGGAACACUCUGUGUAAUGUCACAUCUGUCUGGAUCGUAAUUCUAUAUCACACAUUAAUGUGAACUUCCUGCGCAUAUGGUCUUGUAAGUCAUGCAACCUAUUGGACAAUGCCGUAAAAGCUCUCCAACCGGGUUUUUUUAAAGAGCAGCUCCGCGUGGAGUCCGUGUCCUGUGGGCCUGUUCACUGUGAAUGACAUCUGAAUAGUUAGGCCUGUGGUCUACUGGCCUUUCACAAUGAAUUUAACCGCACGUGGAACGGGUACCAGUGAAAACUCAUCGCCAGACCUUUGAAGCUACAAAGUAAUUUAUUUUUACUUUAUUAUUUGUUUUUGUAACCAAUAAAACUGUACUGCGACUAUGACUCAAGAUGAUGUCUUGUCUGGACUGUUUUGCCCUGCAUGCUAAUUGGCUAAUAAAAGAAUGAUGUAUAUUUAAAUGUGACCAUUAUUGGGUAAUAUGAACUUAGAUAAUAGAAUAUCCACUAUAAUUAUUCUUUGUGAAUUCAUUUUUGAAAAAAUAACUUGCAUUGGACCCCAAAAUGAGCGUCAGCUACACAAAAUACAGCAGUGACUAACAAGGGCGUUUGCAUCUGUGGGACAAGCAAAGAAUCUGAACUCUACAGAGUCAUGACUAUAUGAAUAGAGCUGCUGUUUAACUGCCUCUGUAUGGUUUUGAAUUACAUUAAGACACAUUAUCAGCAUUUCACAUCUCUAUUAGGAAGAUCCUGUGUUUGUAUCUCACGUAUUAAACUUAACCAAAAAUUGACAGUCAUCACCAUGACAAGAGUGUCAAUUUUUCAUAAUCCCAACAAUUGAUUUGCACUUGGAUACUGUAUUAUAAUGCUCAACACAAAGACAAUAACAGUUUGAAUUGUAAUGAAAGAAAGCCAAUCAGCCUGUUAAAAGAGGCAAUAAAUAU